CCAUCAUUGGAAGGUUCUUCCCGUAAUCUGCAGUUUCUGCACCAGUGGGUAGUCUUCUCAUCGUAGAAAGAAAGCUCCGGCGAUCAUCGUAAAAAGCUCGCUUCUCUGAUGCUUUGCCCAUCGUAGAAAGAAAGCUCCGGUGAUCAUUGGAGGGACUGAGUAAGGGACGAGAUGAGGGCUCCCAAGGCAUAAUUGCAUGGUUCCAGAGAAUACCAACAUGGAAAGCACAAGUGUGUGUGAUUCAUUGGAUGCCAGCGAUGAGAUAUUUGAAGUUACAAGAUGCAGAGAAACAAUGAUGCAUCAUGAGGCUCACGCAAUAGAAGAACUUUGUUCAUCAAGUGAAUUGCUUGUUCCAAGUGACGUGACAUGUUCCAAACCAUAUGUUGGUAUGGAGUUUGAUUCUCUUGAUAAGGCAUUUCUCUUUUACAAUGAAUACGCUAGAGCCGUGGGUUUUAGUGUACGGAAAGGUAAAACUCGUAAAUCAAAUAUCGAUGGAUCAUUUCUUUUUCGUCGAUUUUGUUGUUCGAAGGAAGGUCAUUCCCGAACAAGCAGGAGUAAUGACUAUGAUGACCUAAAGCAAGAGAAACUUGGUGCACCAUUGAAGUUGGGAGUGAACAUUCAGUCAGUCACAAGAGUAGGUUGCGAUGCAAAGUUAGACUUGAAAAGAAUGAGUGAUGGUAGAUGGGUUGUACAAAAGUUUCAUGAGGAACACAAUCAUGAAUGCGCUCGACAGGGUGAAACACAUCUGCUGAGGUCUCACAAGUGCAAGCAAUCUACACAGGAAGAACAAGUUCACACACUGACAUGUCCUAAACUAUCUGUUGGGAUGGAGUUUGACUCUCUUGAUAGAGCAUUUCUCUUAUACAACGAUUAUGCUAGGAUUGUGGGUUUCAGUGUACGGAAAGGGAAAAUUCGUAAAUCAAAUGUUGAUGGAUCUAUUCUUUUUCGUCGACUUUGUUGUUCAAAGGAAGGUCAUAGCCGUAAAAGCUUGGAAAGCGAUGACCAAAAAGGGGCAAAAGAUGGUGAUAUUGUGAAGGUUGGACCACGAAGUCACUUGAUUGCAAGAGUUGGCUGCAAAGCAAAACUAGACUUAAAAAAAAUGUCCAAUGAUAAAUGGAUUGUCCAAAAAUUUCAUGAGGAACAUAACCAUGAAUGUGUUCAUCAGGGAGAAGUACAUUUAAUGAGGUCUCACAGAUGCAGACAACCUAUUAGCAGACAACUUAAUGAUAUAGUCACUAAUGAAGACACAAAUCCAAAACAAUUAAUGUCUGACUUAACUGGAGAAGCUUGUGGAAGUGAGAAGGCUGACUAUAUCGAACAAGGUUCAAGCAGUCACUUCAGUGAGAGAAGGGGGAAGGAUCUCAAAAUGGCCGAUGCACAGGUUAUCCUCAGCUACUUCAGGCAAAUGCAAGCUGAAAAUCCAUCCUUCUUUUAUGCUGUACAAGAUAAAGAAAAAAACCAACUGUCAAACUUUUUUUGGGCUGAUGCAAGAUCAAGAGAGGAUUUUGGUUAUUUUGGAGAUGUAAUAUAUCUUGACACAACGUAUGGAGCCAACAAGUAUGGGCGACCAUUUGCUCCAAUAGUAGGUGUAAAUCAUCACCUACAAACAGUCUUGUUUGGUUGCGCAAUACUUCUGAAUGAAACUGAGGACUCAUUUACUUGGUUACUUAAGACACUGUUGAAAGCAAUGUAUGGGCAUCAUCCAGUUGCAAUUAUUACCAAUCCAAAUGUUGCAUUGACAAAAGCAAUUGAACGAGUUUUAAUGAGGACCCACCAUCGUCUAUGUUUGUGGCAUAUCUUCCAGAAUGCAACUAAACAUUUAAAUCAUUUGUAUAAAAUUGAGGAUGCUUUCCUUAUUGAUUUUAAGAAAUGCAUUUAUGAAUCUCGAUGGUCUGAUGAGUUUGAGUCAAGGUGGUCAUCAUUACUUGACAAAUAUAAAUUCCAUGAUAACGAGUGGCUUGAUAACAUGUAUGAGAAACGGCACAAAUGGGUUCCAGUCUACUCAAGGUACAUCUUCCAUGCGGACAUGACAACAAUUCAGCGGAGUGAAAGUAUUAACUCCUUCUUUAAUGGGUACCUGAACAAGUCUCUGCCCCUUAGUGAGUUUGUUAAACACUGUGAGAAGGCGGCUGUUAGUAGACGUGAGAAAGAAAUUUAUGAAGACUUCAAGUCCCACCAAACAAGGCCGGUAUUGAAAUUGGAUCUUCCUAUGGAACAACAGGCAGCUGAAAUUUACACGAGAUCUGUGUUUAAGGAGUUCCAUCAGGAGUUUUUUGAUAGCUUUAAGUAUGUUGUUAAAGAGACUGGAAGGGCAGAGACAACUUGGACUUAUGUUGUGUCAAGAUGGGGGCAGAACAGGAAAUUCCUCGUCAAUUUCAACUCUCAUGAUACUGAUAUUCAGGUUACCUGUAGUUGUCAAAAUUUUGAAUUUAAGGGCAUUCUAUGUAGGCAUAUCUUGAAAGUCUUCACAGUAAGAAACAUUAUGUUAAUUCCGGAUGUCUACAUAAGAAAGAGAUGGACUAAAAAAGUCAAGUCCAAUGUUAUUUCAGAUGAAAGUGGGAAGGGAGUGCUCUCUGGUGGUCAGAAAUCGAUGGCCUCCCACUGUAGUGAUCUCUGCUCUUCUAACUCUGCCAGAGGUGUGACACCUAUAAAUGCUGACAAAGCAGGAAAGGAAAGUACUGAGACAGCAAGAGAACUAGGACAUGGUACUGCGGAAGAUAUGACUAUCACUCAGCAUGGCAGUGAAGACUGUGGAAGCAUGGAAAUUUCAGCUCAAGCUGUUGACAAUGUGAGGGGUUCAAAAUGCAUGGAAAGUGAAGAGGAUCAUACAAUAUAUCCAUCAGAUCAAACAAGUUUGGGUGAUCCACCACCUGUGAGAGCAGAAGGGCAACCAACUAAAAGAAUCAUGCCCUGCUUGGAGAAUAGCCAAAGAGAAAAGAAAGCUAGAGAAGGGACUGAAUCAAGUGAACACAAUGAGACACUUCUACACUUAGAGGCACUUAAAUCGAUUGAACAUGACGGGCAACCUUCACAUUCCACCAGAGAGGAAGAGGCACCAAAUGUUUCAUGCCAUUUUGGUGAAAAAGAUGGACAGGAACCCCAAAAUUGCAGUAGAUUGUCGUUUAUAUGGCCAAACAUAUGCUUGUAUGCCUGUACUCCAACUGGCUCCUCGGGUGAUCAAAACAACGAAUAUCAAUCUUCACACACUCCCAGUUUCGGGGAAUCAUUGGCUGGCCUUUCAUGCAUUCAGAGCUCAGAACCAAAUAUUUUUGACCUAAAUCAGGAAUUGUCAGUUGGCUCUUCUAGCAUCCCAACUUCUCCAAUGAGCAAUUUUGCCAUUAAUCAGCAAUCUUGGCUUAUGCCAAGAACAGGAGGUUGGUGAUGAUCAAAGCAAACAGAAAUGCAAGAAGGGCACCCAAGCAACUGCGAAAAGAAACUAAUGUGGAAAAGGAGUGGACUUGGCUCAGUGCAACAUCAGCAUCUACUGCUGAACAUUCCAGGGCAAUGAUCUGAUGAUUGGGAGAGAGCUCAAAUUAAUACAUACCUGUCAACUAUAUCCAGCUUGGGGACCAUGUGAGGAAAACCUGGCAACCGUCUCGUUUGUGAGUGUACAUGUAUGUAAAUACUUUGGGUCUAGGUCUUUAGAAACGGACUAUACAUUUAAGGCUGAGUGAUGAGUAUGUUUGAUAUUUGGGGCACUAUAAUCUGUAUUAAAAUAAUGCUCUAUGAUGCCCUUUACAACCAUAAUUUAGAAACC